GUCUAAGCAGAGAGAUUGACAAGGAGAAGCAAGAGUAGAAAAUAUAUGGUCAGAACCCAGUGAGGCGGCAUCAAGGAUGACUCCAAGUGCCAGGCUCAGUGCCUGGAGGAUGGCAGAAGAAGAGAGGUGUAUGCAAAGCAAGAAAGUCCGGAGGAGGAACAGGUCUGGAAGGAACUUGUGGAUUUGGGGAAUGUGUGGGACAUCCAAGUGGUGUCCAAGCAGAGUCCAACAUCAUGCUGUGGGAGGAGGAAGAGGAGAAAGGAAAGUAGAGCUUGCUGGAGCACAAAGAGCGUGAACGCUUCAAGACAGCUGUCAGAAAUGUCAGAUGUGGCCAAAAGAUCAAGGAAGAAGAAGGAUGAGAAAAGACCAACCAGCAGAGCUGACAGUGAGAAGGUCAUGGAUUCUAUUUGGACAGCGUCCAUACUGGUGGGUCAUGGACACCGAUUACUACAGCAACACCUCCGUGCCACUGAUAAAGCAGUUUCCAGUCACCUGUGAGACUGGACCAGGGAGUCCCUCUGGCCAUGCCAUGGGCACAGCGGGUGUAUACUACGUGAUGGUCACAUCCACCCUCGCUAUCUUUCGGGGAAAGAGAAAGCCAACCUACAGAUUUCGGUGUUUGAACAUCAUUUUGUGGUUGGGAUUCUGGGCCGUGCAGCUGAACGUCUGUCUGUCCCGAAUCUACCUUGCUGCUCAUUUUCCCCAUCAGGUCAUUGCCGGAGUCCUAUCAGGCAUUGCUGUUGCUGAAACUUUCCGUCACAUCCAGAGCAUCUACAAUGCCAGCCUCAAGAAGUAUUUUCUCAUUACCUUCUUCUUGUUUGGCUUUGCCAUUGGAUUUUACCUGCUGCUCAAGGGACUGGGUGUAGACCUCCUGUGGACACUAGAAAAAGCCAAGAGAUGGUGUGAGCGGCCGGAAUGGGUCCACAUUGACACCACGCCCUUUGCCAGCCUCCUCAAGAACUUGGGGACCCUCUUUGGCCUGGGCUUGGCUCUCAACUCCAGCAUGUACAGGGAGAGUUGCAAGGGCAAGCUCAACAAGUGGUUCCCAUUCCGCCUCAGCUGCAUUGUGGUCUCUCUCAUCCUCCUGCACCUCUUUGACUCUUUGAAACCCCCAUCCCAAGUUGAGCUGAUCUUCUAUUUCCUGUCCUUCUGCAAGAGUGCAGCCGUGCCCCUGGCAUCUGUCAGCCUCAUCCCUUACUGCCUUGCCCGGGUCCUGGGCCAGCAGGAUAAGAAGUCUUUGUAAGGGAUGUGGAGCCUUCAGUAUUCAAAGUCAAUGACCGUGCCAACCAUUGAGGGUGGCUAGGGUCUUCUGCUAGCCCAUUUUGAGGCCCAGGUGCUAGAGUCAGCUCAGCUGACCCCUUCCUCCUUUGCAAUUCUAAUUGUAUUGGGUGGGGUUUUUUUUUGAAAAACUAAUAAGGCUAGUUGAGAAAGCCUUAUCUGUUAGAAGUUGGGUCCUUCUGGAUUUUUCCCUGAAGACUUACUUGUUCUUCUUUGAGAUAUACAAAGACAAGACUUCCAGGUAGGGCCAGCUCACAAUCCCAGGCUGGGGAUCUCAACUGAGAAUUUUCUACCUGUCCCCAUCCUUACACAGAAAAGGGAAAGGAGCAGUGGAUUUGAUAGAGAAAGAAGGGUGAUGGAUUAAGGAAGACUUUUUCAUAUCCUGCACAUCAUGCAAAUUAUGUUACACCAUAUCUAAAUGGCUUUGAUUAUAUUUGAAUCUUUAGGUAAGCGACUCUCAAUAGUGAGGGACCAACUUAAAGUAUAAUUAAUAGGUAGUUAGUGGGGUAAUUCUGCUUCUUAUAUUUUCUAUUAUAUAUCCAUGGUCUUUGCAUUUACUAGGAUUUCCUAAUGGCCACAGUGACCUAGAUUUGUACUGGGUCAGAGCAUGCAGAUAUAGUCAACUUCUCCUCUAUCACACUAGAUCUUCCUCCUUGUUAGCCCAGCUCGGCCUUCCCUAGAAUUUUCCACUGGCUCCACAUCCUGCCAAAUACAGAGAUGCCUAAAUGCAGCUCUGGGGGUAGUGCUUUUGUAUGGUUUAGUUAAACUCUGAAAUCUUGGGCAAAAAGUCAAGGAGACGGCAAGGAUUCCUCUCUCCAGAAGGUCACUCCAAUGUUACUUUUGAUUCCUAGAGGGUAAAUAUGACUCCUUUCUCUAUCCCAAGCCAACCAAGAGCACAUGCUUGGAGGAAAAGCCAGCUCUCCCUUGCCUGUUCUUAAGUUUCAGCUGAUUUGCAGAAUGUCUUAAAAAAAAUGCUUAAGCCUAUUUAUUUGAGAGUCCUUGUUUUUGCUACUAAUUAUAUAGUUCACCAUAUAUUACCAUUCACACCAGCCAUCCUGGUCAUAACAUCUUUGAAAAGAAAAAUAUAUAUGUGCAGUAUUUUAUUAAAACAACAUUUUAUUUAAGAAUGAAGUCUUGCUGAUUACUGUAUUUUAGAUGCAAUCUGAUCUGAAGGUUCUAAUUCUGGCUCAGCUAAAUUUCAAGCUCUUUUCUUUUUCCCUAAACAAAUCAUUUAGUCUCUGUGUACCUAUAUUUUCCCUUUGGAGAAAGAAAGUCUUGGGCUGGCCAGGAUUGCCAAUGGAGCCAGGGGACCUACAGUGUCCAUGGGGCACAGAUAGCCUUGAGGGUAUCAACACAGACACGAUAUCAUUGGCCAAGAUUGAAUAUUAGUUACCAGACCACAGGUCAGCAUGAGUUGCUCUAAGGGAUCAAGCUGCAACUUAAAGGCAAAUACACAGGGUCAUUACCAAACUAAGCAAUCAGGGGAUGUAAGUCAUAGCAGCGGAAAAAGACUGCGUAGACUCUGGAAUCCAGGAAGCCGGCAUCAGCAAGGUUUGGGGUUAUGGUUAAAGAAAGUCUAAACAGAGCAAGUCAUAGCAGCAAGGAAUGCUGAAGGGAGUUAUCGAAGUUUUCUUUCCAAAUGAUCCAUUUCAUCCUGGGUGCAGGGCACCCCCUCCAAAGGCAUAACCCUGGAUCUACUGAGGAUGAUAUCUGCUCACUCACUUCAGAACUUUGCAUGUGUAUCUUCAGGAAAGUUGAGUCCUCUUACUGGAUUUGGUUUCUUCAGGGGGCAUGAGACUCCUCAGAGACGCUACUGGUCUUCCCAAGGAAGAAGGGAAAUGGUCUUGCUCUGUCUAAACCAAGCCCCAUUGCUCAGGCCUGACCUCAUCCUUGAUGAUUUAUUUGUUCUCAGGGACCAGGUCCAGGUUCCUUGCAAGAGGAUUCUUGCAGAAAGUGAAUAGUGCCCCAGCCCCUGGCAGUUGGUGAGGUUGAUAGGGACACAUGAUAGAUAAAAUUUACUGAGUACUGCUUCUCUGCCAGGCUCUGUUCUAUGCAUUUUAUUUAUUCAUACAAUUAAUUCACUUAAUACUCCCAACAUCUCUGUGAGUUGGGGGCUAUAAUUUAUCCGCACAUUACAUAUGAAUAAGAACAAAGGUUCUUGUAGGUAGAGGGUUCUUAUAGGUUCUUAUAGGCAUCUUGCCCAGAAUGGUGAAGCCAGUUUAAGAACCAAGCAGCCUGAUUCCAGAGUCCAUACUUCACCCUGUAGCCCUGUCACAGGGAUGGAUGCCAGUAGACUGGUGGCUCUUUCUGGCUGGCUCAGUCGAUGGAGCCUGCGACUCUUGAUCUCACUGUCCUGAGUUCAAGCCCCACACUGCGUGUGGAGCCUACUUCAAAUUAAUACAUCAUUGAAAGAAAAAAAAAAAAAGACCAGCGACUGUUUCAAACCUUCCUUCAGAUGCCAGAUACAACUUUGAAUUCAGCCCAGAGAGAAUUUGUUUUCUUGCGGUCGAGGGAAUUAUAAAACUUUGAGUGAUCUUCCCAGUGAGCUAGUCUUAGUUUCCAAGUAUGAAGAUACCAUAUUUCAAAAGCAAUUUUACAACAUAACUCUUAGAACUAACCAUAUUGGUUUAACUUUAGCUCUUUCUUUUCUUUCUUUCAAAAAAAGAGUUUAAGAGUCAUGCUCAGACUAUCUAGGUCAGACAGGAAGUAACGGACUAUUUCUACAACGGAGAUAAAAUGAGAAGACAGAAUUACCACAAGGAACUUUUGGUACACAUCGAUGUACAGGUGUAGAAAAUGAAGAGACUGUGAAAAUUGCUUAGGUCAGAGAAUCCACAAAGACAAGAUUGCUACCUUUCCUUAGGAUGGCCACCUGUCUCCUCGAGAAACAGUGCUAAAGGCUUAGGAUUUGUGAUGGGAAAGGCUGAGCAGAAAGAGCAUCAGCCCACGAUCAACUCCUAAUAGACGGUAGCCAAUGUGUUAGCAUAUUCUGAUCACUGACCCGCUGCCCAAGUUACAGAGGUGUGCUUGCUUUAGAAAUGACUGGUGAGUCCUCAGGAUGAAGGUAAACAUAAGUGACAGAUGACAGUUUUAAACCAAGAUCCAGGGCGCCUGGGUGGCUCAGUUGGUUAAGCGACUGCCUUCAGCUCAGGUCACGAUCCCAGGGUCCUGGGAUCGAGUCCCACAUCGGGCUCCCGGCUCAGCGGGGAGCCUGCUUCUCCCUCUGACUCUCUCCCCUCUUAUGCUGUUUCUCUCCUGCUCACUCUCUAAUAAAUAAAUAAAUAAAUAAUCUUUAAAAAAAGGUAAAAUAAAAUAAACCAAGAUCCAUGUCGUGUCACCGCAUAAUUUGAUAGAUUGUUCUAGCAGUCUAUCAGUUUUGAGGAAGUACACUUGGGGAUGAUACACACACACACAUUAUACAUUUGUAUUAUUGCCCUAGGAAAAUAGAUCCAUUAAGAAAGUACAGCUUUGGGACG